AUGGAAACUACAGAUCACUUGGCUGAACUCCGAGAGGGUCCCACGCCGCGCAGGUGUCUAGACACGAAUCCGCCUCUACGGAAAACCUCUCGUACGACCACAGCUAGUAUCUCGAUCCGGCGCGUUGGUGCACCCACCAGCUUUAUCCCAAAAACCAAAGCGGCAUCCCAUUCACCUUGUGAGGGGCAAUUAUUGGCCCUGAGGCAACGCUUCAGCGCCAAUUUAGCAGAGUGGAACAAGGUCUUUGAGGUUCUUUGCAUCUUUGCGCGGUGGUCUCUAAACUCGAAGGAUAGACUCAUAACGGAAACUUCUCACCGCGAGGAUUUGCUCAGAUCUCAGCUGAAAUUGCGUUUAGAAGAGUGUGCUCAAUUUAAAGCGCAAAUCGAGAAGCUCUCGGAGCAACAUGCUGAAAGUGAACGUGAAAAGGCGGAAUUGUGGGAAAAGGAACGUAAAAUCAUGCAGGACAACAUGGAAAACGUGCAAAUAACUUUUCGAACGGAAAAACAAAAAGAAAUUGAAAAAGGCGCCUUUUACCUUUCACUUGAUGACUAA